AUGAAUAUCAAAUUACUCUCUUCUUUGUUAUUUUUAGGGUCCUUUCUCACUGACCCUGUUUUUGGUGUUGCUUUACCUGAUAUUGUGAUUACCGAAACAGUUGUUACAAGCGAGACUUCAUUCGCUAUAACUGGUGAAGAUGUUACUGAAUAUGACUCCGAAUGUGAGAUAACCGACGUCAUCUCUAACUAUGUUACAUCUACAUCGACAGUUAGCUCAUUAGCCACAACCACAUACUAUUCCGUGACACAAAUAGUUACACAAAUAGUUACACAAACUGAAACUAUCACAAAAACUCAUGAUGGUGGUGACAACAACAACCAAGGUGGCAACAACAACAACAACCAAGGUGGCGACAACAACAACAACAACCAAGGUGGCGACAACAACAACAACAACCAAGGUGGUGACAACAACAACAACAACCAAGGUGACAACAACAACAACAACCAAGGUGGCGACAACAACAACAACAACCAAGGUGGUGACAACAACAACAACAACCAAGGUGGUGGCAGCAAUAGCCAAAAGAAACGGAAAAGAGAUGAGAAUGAUGAUAUUGACGGUAUUGUGUAUACCACUGUCACCAUUAAUACUUGUACUGAAACUUCUACCUCUUCUACUUCCAGUUCUUCUAGUUCUACCAGUUCUUCCAGUUCCUCCAGUUCCUCCAGUUCCUCCAGUUCCUCCAGUUCCUCCAGUUCCUCCAGUUCCUCCAGUUCCUCCAGUUCCUCCAGUUCCUCCAGUUCCUCCAGUUCCUCCAGUUCCUCCAGUUCCUCCAGUUCUUCUGAAUCUAAGAGUUCUACUAGCUCAACUGACACAUCUGGUCCAUCUACUUCAACUUCAUUUACUACAUCUACUACAACCAUUGUUGUUACUAUACCAAAUACUUCGACUAUAACUUCGAAAGUGAUUGAUUGCACGGUAUAUUCAACACUGGUUAGUACUAGUGUCAUCUUUACAACCGAAUAUGUAAUGACAGUGUCCUUACUUCCGACUAUAACCGAGUCAGUGACUGUGACUACCACGUACACAAGACCAGAAGACGAAAACGAUGUACGUACACUAGCACCUGUGAAGAGAAAUCCUUUCAAAAAAAGAGAUCUGCCUAAACCUCAAACCUCCACAGUCACUGUGUACGUAUGUCUUACAUCGUCAUCAAGUUCUUCCUCGGUAACUACUUCAUCAUCAGUAACUAGCACUUCUUCUACGAUGGCUACUUCACCACCUCUGACCAACUCCUCUUCUACUUCUUCAUUAUUCUCAUUAUCAAGCAGCGCUACAAGUAUCGUAUCCACUACUACCACAAGCAUCGUAUCCACUACUACCAUCACAUGCUCGGAUCAGACUGCUACUGGGGUGAUUUAUGUAGCUGAUGGCGUAACUUACACCACUGGUAUAACUUUGGUUACACUCACUGUUAGCGGAACUGUAACUUCUUACACCACCUACUGCCCAUUAACUGAUAUCAUUACUGAUGUUACUGAUAAUUUUGAAACAUCUAAAUCUACUGGAACUGCUGGUAAUUUCGGAACAUCUACCUAUAUUAGUGUUACUGGCCAUUCUGGACCAUUCACAUCCACUGGAGUGCCUGAUCACCCAGGACUUACUACGUCUACCGGUGUUGUUAGUGGUUCUAAGUCAUCCAUUUCCACUGGAGUUACAGGCUCUACUGGUUCAUUUACUUCUACUGGAUCAACUGUCUCUAAUACUGCAGCUGGGUCUAGUGGGACAUUGGUUUUUACUAGCUCAGAUAAUUCCGCAACUGCAUUUGGUUCUACUAGAUCAUCAGCUUCUACCAAUUCAGCUAUUUCUAGUGCUGCAACUGGCUCUGUUGUAUCAUCAAUUUCUACCGGAACAAGCAAGUCUGCAACUGCAACCAUCUCUACUGGAUCACUUGUCUCUGACACGUCUGGCUCAACUGAAUCUUUUGUUUCUACUGAAAUUGUUGAACAAACAUCAACCACUGCUUACAUUACUACAUUUGCUGGAAUGGCUAGCUCUCCACUCAAAAUUGAUAAAGGGCUUUUCUAUUCAGUCUUCAUGGCUAUUGCUGCUGGUUUAUUGGUGGCAAUUUAA